AUGGGUUGUCUGGGCAAUAGUAAGACUGAAGACCAACGUAAUGAGGAGAAGGCACAGAGGGAAGCAAACAAAAAGAUAGAGAAACAGCUUCAAAAAGACAAACAGAUAUACCGAGCUACUCACCGGCUACUACUAUUAGGUAGGUUUCUGACAUGUUAAAGUUAUUGGUAAAUUGUUUCAUGCCAUGCUUAAUGUGGGUAUCCCAGCCAUAGUUAUUGUGGCAUUUGAGAGUGGCAAGGGUCUGACAUUGUAAAUGACCGUUUUUUUUUUAUGUAGGCCUAGGUUCCUCCUAGGUAGGCCAUUGCACAAAGACCAUUCAAUUUGUUUUAAUGGAAUGGGUUUUACGUUUGUUUGUGCUGUCAUUUUUGAUAGGAGUUUGUUCUUGUCACAGGCCUACACUGGCAACACUUGUGUCCUGUCAUUUGAAGCACGCUGCACAGCUCGACAUGAAAGCCACCAACACCCUUAUUUGAAACAUUGUUUAUUUUUCCAGAGCAAAAAUGUUGCAUAUGAUUCCACCCGACUAGGGGAAUUAUUGAUUGUGGUGUAGGCCUAGCAAUAUGUGUCUAUAGGCCUGAUUUACAAAGAGAUUUACCUACAAAUAAUAGGCCUCAAGAUUGUGCAGUUUUCAUCAUCAUACACUGCGUUCUCCUUGAAGUGCUUUCAAUCAUAAUUGUUGCGAAUACCAGUACUGACUUAGUUGACAGUAGGCCUAGGGUGACGCAUUGCAUCAAGUUGCUCCUUGCUAUGUAAUAACACUGUAAUUACUCAAGUAACACAUUGUAUUAUCAUGUUGUUACAUAGUAAUUGCUUUAUAAUUGUAUAGUAAUGGAGUUGUUCCUAUUACACAAGUACAGCAUAACUGUAUUGUGUGGGUUAUAAUGUCUGGAAGUAACAGCUACAAUGCUGUUUUCUUUCACACAGACAGAUGAUUAGUGUCUUCUUGACUUAUGAUUCUAGAAAACUUGAUCAAUCAUGUAAUACCAAAAUAUUACCUAAACUUCCAGUUUUUCUUUAAUUGGGUUGAUUUGGUAGGGUCCUCCUCAUCAUUGGCAUACAAAAAAAAUGGAAUCAUGUUCUACAUGUUGACCUUACAGUAUUAGGCCUAAUGACAAUGCAAACUUUGAUUCCUCCAAACAUUGAUUCCUGUCUGAAGUGACAAUGACUAGGGUCUCUAUUAACUCUGGUAGGGCCAAAAACAACAUUAUUCAUGCACUGCAAGAAUGAACUUUUGGAUACAUGAACUCAACAAAACCAUGUUCACCGUGUUUACCUCAAUGGAAUUGAUAUUGCCCUAAAGAGACCACUGUCAAGUGAGGUGUUUUAAAACAUAUAUCUUCCUCUUUUCUCUGUUUACAGGUGCUGGUGAAUCUGGGAAGAGCACGAUAGUCAAACAGAUGCGAAUACUGCAUGUGAAUGGCUUCAAUGCA